AAAAACCCUAUAUAAGUAGUGUGAUAUCAUUUGAUUAUAAUAAAAUAUAGAACACAAUUACUGCAUAAAACUAUUCAGGUAAAAAAAGGCCUUGAGAACAUCGAGCUAAAAAGUCAAUUGUCAUUUAUUUAAAAAAAAAAAGAAGCGGAAAGCCAAAAACAGUCAUGGGAGAAAGCCGAAACACAAAAAUUUUCAUUUCACUCAGUUUAGCAAUAGCGAUAUGCUUUACAGUGGUAGCAAUUGCUGAAGAUAAAACCCUUACAGCCGAACAUAAAUCAAGUUCGUUGAAAGCAUUUCAAGCAUUCUACUUCCUCGCUCUCAUCGCUUUCAUUGUGGCGCUCGUACUAUAUGCAGUGACUAUUUUCACAGAAACUCGAAAAAUCUUGAGCAUUGGAUUUUUUGUCGCGAUUGUAGUAGGAUGUAUAUGCUGUAUUAUCAGCGUGAUUAUGUUUUAUCAAAACUAUUCCAACUCUCACAUGAGUGUUCGGCCACAUUCCAGCUCAUGGUUAUUCGGCGUUAUUUUGGCUUCGUUUCAGCUUGUUGUAUUCGUAUUCAUGUAUAUUUUCUACUGAGAAGUGACUGGUUUUCAUAUUUACAAAUCAUGAAUGUUAUGAAGAUGGAACAUUAUUUACCUAGUAUUAAACUUAAUUAAAUGAACAAAUUGAUAAAACUCCAGGUUUUUCACAUAAUUUUAUUUUGAUAAAUCAUGAACUUCACGAAUGAAGUAAACAAAAAUAUUUCAUGAAUGUUUUUGAAGUAAAUCGUUUUAUUAAUCUCAAGUUUUACUUCGAUUAAAUUUGUGAGAUCAGUUUUAACAGACUGAGUUAACUAAAAUAUGACGUUAGGCAAUCAAUCAUUCACUAAUAAUAACUCAACAAAAGGUGAAUAUCGAGUCAAACAUAUAAACCUCUAUAGAAUAUCCGUAACAGGAAUAUUUCACAAGGAACAAUCGAAGAAUAAGUGUCCCAUAAGAGAUCAGUUUAUCUUACUGCAAUGUGUUCAUGUGUGUAUCAUAAGAAUGUUAUUUAACGGAUUUGGUAUCAUGAGAAUACUGUAGUUCUCUUCGAAAGAUGGAAGUAGUUUUUUCAUAAAUGAUAAAUCACUAACGGAAAAUUUUGUUCUAAAAGAAUGAAAGAUAUUAAGAAUUCUUAUAAAUUAGAAGUGUUCCUGUGUUCUUAAUCAGUAUUCACUGAACAGCGAUAUACACAUUUAUCCACUACAGUUCAUGCUGUUUAAGUCUUCCACGAAGAUAUCAAAUUCAAAUUCAUUUCCAUAACACUAUAUUCGAUUAUCCAUUUUGUGGCGUACUAGUUAAAUUAAGGUUAAAUUGAACUAUGGAUGAAUGAAUUCCAAGUGAAAUACAUACUUGAUUCACAUACUGUUACUCAGUAGUAACAGCUUGAGCACUAAAGUCCUAGUAGAAUAUUGGACGUCAUUAGUAAAUCAGUUUCUGUAUAUAAAUUUGUCCUAAUCUCACCGAUGUCUAGGUUUCGCAACAUUAACUCACAGAGGAUGAGAUUCGUGACUGACAUCAAACUACAUGGGGGCUAAUAGUCGAAAAAAUAUAUUCAGAUAGAAACACAUAUUGGUAAGUUAUCGUCUGAGGAUGCUGUGUCAAAUUG